AUGUCAAGGCAGUUUGGCAGCCUCGUGAGGGGACGGUCGCUUGUCGGUGCCUUGAGCAAUCUUGUCUUGACAGCUCAUGCCCCCAUCAGCAGCGUUGGGUUUUGUCGCGGUAUGGCGUCAAAAAAAAAGGAGAAAGGAAAAAAGAAAGAGAAGAAAGUUCUUUACAAUCCGACCUUGCCCUCCGUGCCGGAACGACGACAGCAAAUGACUAUGUACAAAUGGCAAGUGCACGACCUUCGCGUGCAGUAUCGCAACGAAAUUACAGAAAAGCUUGAAGCAAAGAGAGCUGCAGAAGCAGCGAAAGAGGAACAGCGUCAAAAGGAAUUGGAAGCAAAGAACGCUGAGAUCCUGAGGACAAGACAGGAGAAGGCUAAGCGUGCUUACGAAGCCUUGCUUUUGGCGAGAGCAGAGAGGGCAAAGGCUGCGAUAGAGGCUCGUGAAAGGUUUGAAGCUCGAGGACAGCGACUGAUUGAACGCGCCCGAAGCAAACUUGCCCAUAGCUCUCUAGAAGCGAUGAGUUGGGCGAUUUCUGCCGAUGAUGCAGAAAAUAUGAUCCAGGCAAGCGAACGAAAGGCUACUCGCUGGUCAGUUGACUAUGUUGACAGGAGGCAAUCAUGA